AUGUCUUCCCUAGGUGAUGAAGUGCCCACCAAGAUCUCGGAGGACUUUGGCUUCAAGUUCCUAGGCCAAAAGCGAAUUUUGCCCUCCUUUAACGAAAAACCUCCAUUUGCAUCUUUACAAAACCUCGCUAUCUCUAAUAGUAAAUCAUUAUUCAUCGCUGCUUCCGGCAAUAAAGUGGCAAUAGGCGAAUUGCAACUGUUGAGAGAUCAUAUCACUUCCGACUCUGCUCCAUUGACGUUCAAAUGGGAGACAACAAUCGCAGAUGUAAUAUUUGUAUGUUUUCAUGGUGAUGAGGCUUUGAUAUCAACCAAAAAUACAUUACAUUCGAUAAACUUGGACGAAUUGAGUGAAUUACAGACAAUUUCUUCCUUUGAGAACCCAGUUUGCCAAUUGAAAAUUUUCAAAAACACCUUAAUAUUUUUGAAUUCAAACAAUGAUUUAACAGCGCUCGAUUUGAAUACAAAAUCAGCUAAGCCAUUGGCGCGAAAUGUAGCGUCUUUUGAUGUCGCGAAGUCACAGUUGGUAAUUUUAUCAAAAGAUAGGAACUUUCAAAGUUUCUCAAUGGAAAACGACCCAGUGGAUAAACAGUUCGAAUUCUCCAUACCGUCGGAACUGAAGGAUCUCUCAGUUGAUGAUUAUGCUCCUCUCGAUAUCAGUAUACUUUCUCAAAGGAUAUACUUUGUGGUGUUCGGUAAUUCCGUUUCAGAUUCUGAUGAAGAGGCUUCGUAUGAUCAAAAAAUGUUCAUCGUUAGGUACACGGACGGCGGCGCCUCAUUUCAGGAGACUUUUGAUAUUACACCGCCAUUUGGUCAAAUUGUAAGAUCUCCAUAUGUGUACGACAUUACUUUGCCAGGUUUAAUCAAGCCGGCUAUGAACGUAAAUAUACUAGCAUCAUCAUGUUCAAGUGAAAUAAGUAUAUGGGACUCAGAAGAAGUCAUUGAACCAUCUCAAGAUGCCAAACGAGCUGUGCUGCCUAUCAGUGAGGAAACAGACAUGGACACAAAUCCAAUUGGUGUGGCCGUUGAUAUCGUCACUUCAGGCAUCAUCUCAGAACCUUGUUCUGGUGUUGAUGCUAUAGAAAGAUUACCGCUUAUCUAUGUUUUGAACAACGAAGGUAAUUUGCAAAUAGUUGGGUUGUUUCAUGCUACAUCGAUCAAAACCGGCCAUUACAAUGUAAAACUGGAAUCAGAAGAAAAUGAAAGGCCUGCAUCCCCUUCUACAUCAGAAAAGAUUACUCUGGUUGGACAGGAAGAAGAAGAAGAAAAUAAGGAAAAAGAAAAAAAGGAAAAUAUGGAUCUGAGCGCAUCUUCUGCCUCAGAAAAUCCAUUUAUAUCACCAAAUACCUCGGGAGGGUUCAGUUUUCUCAAGAAACAACAAGCUACUACCAAUAGUUUACAAUCUCAAAUUUCUUCAGCCGUCGGUGCCCCCUCAUUUGGAUCAACGCCAUUUUCACUCAAUUCGUCUUUAGUCUCAUCUGGUACUUCUGGUACGGCAACUAAUGAUCUGAGCACUGCAGGCGCUGCCUUCGGUAAACCAGCGUUCGGGAGUGCCGCGAAAGAACCAUCGGCCUCUGGGACUGCAUUCGGAAAACCUUCUUUUGGUACACCUGCGUUCGGUUCCGGCGUUACGGCUGCUGAGUCAUCUACCUCUGGAUCUGCAUUUGGUAAACCUUCUUUUGGUACACCUUCAUUUAGUCCUGCCGCGAAAGAACCAUCAGCCUCUGGAUCUGCAUUUGGCAAAACUUCUUUUGGUGCACCUGCGUUCGGUUCCGGCGUUACGGCUGCUGAGUCAUCUACCUCUGGGUCUACCUUUGGUAAACCCUCUUUUGGUACAUCUGCCUUCGGAACUGUCUUCAGUGAACCAACUACGACUGGAUCUGCAUUCGGAAAGCCUGCCUUCGGUUCAUCAACUCUUGCAUUUGCCAGGAAUGGACAGUUUGACUCAAGCUCUACCAUUUCAAAACCCAUAUUUGGUGAUUUGAGCCAAGGAAGUUCGACUUCACCGUUUGCGGCCCUUGGUAAACAUAAAGAGGAUAAAUCCGAGAGCGAUGUAGGCUUUUCUUCGACACCUUUUGCUGCAGACCUUAACGUCUCUGGCAAACCAAAUACCAAUACUUUUGAUUUUGGCAACGCCCCCUUUGGAUCUUCUAGUUUUUCAAACGCUUUGAACUCGGUUGACACUGAUACGCCUUUCGCACUCGGUACUCAGUCUUCCCCAUUUUCUUCUCAACUGGACAAUAAAUCACCUUUUAGCUCCCUCGUAGAAGACAAUACAAAAAAUGAAGCGACAGACAACUACUCUUCUAGCGAAGUUGGUGAUGAGGACGAAGAUGAAAUCAAUGGAUCAGAUAUAAGCGCUAAUGAUUUAACAGAUUCUACUGUUGAACAAACACCCUCUACUAGAUUGGCAGAGUUAUCCUCAAACACGAAUAGUGAAGUCCUCGAGGAGGAAAGGCAAAAAUCCUCCAUUGGCAGAAUAACUGAAACUAUAAAGAAAAGCGCCAAUAUUGACAUGAUUAGUUUAAAGAAUCCUGUAUUUGAGAAUCAUGUCAAAGCAAAAUCCGAAUCACCAUUUUCAGCAUUUGCAACGAAUAUCAACAAACCAAGCUCUACUACUCCUGCUUUUUCUUUUGGAACCUCCACUGUAAACAAGGUAAACACAUCCACGACUGCAAAUUUCUCUGAAGAUGUACCUACUUCGUCACCUGAAAAAAUUGAUAAUGGAGGGAAUCCUAAAAGUGCAGAAAAUCCUUUUUUGCCCAAAGUAGAAGGAAGCAGAGUGGAAACGAUUGAGGGGGAGAAUAGCCAAGAGACAAAAAACGCUACUUCUGAAUCAAUUGCUGAAAAAUCUCACAGUACUUCGCAACAUGACAUUGGUACCCCAGAACAAACGACUCCCACAGUAGAGAAUGUAAAUUCUGAUAAAAAGCUUAAAACAGGGGCCGAAGAUAAUCUGCAUGUUGUUGCUGACUACGAUGAUAAAUGUAGAGAAUCAGAGGGAACUACAGAGAAGCAUGAAAAAACUGGUCGACAAACACUAGAAGCACGAGAAGAUGAAAGGGAUGGCAAUGAGGAAGGUUCUGAGCAAAAUAUGGAUGUGAAAGGAUUGGAAGACCGUCAUUCUGUAGAGGACAUUGUGAGUGGAGAAAAUGACAGGCAAAUCAAUGGAACAGAAGAAUCAGAUAAGGACAGACAAAGCAAUGAAACAGAAGAAUCAGGUAAUGACAGACAAAGCAAUGAAACAGAAGAAUCAGACAAUAACUCGUCAUUAAGCAGUGGCAAGGAAGAAAGUAUCUCGGAUUCUUAUGAUAAGUUAGAAGAUAUAAAUACCGACGAGUUGCCCCACGGUGGAGAACCUUUAACUGCAAAUGAUGAGGUCCUUUCUGCUGAUUUUGAUGUACAAACCUCACCUGAGAACAGUUACGCAGAAUCUGGUAUACAAACGGACUUUUCAGAAAAUUCUCAAGAACACGAAGUUCAAACGGACGCUAUACCUGUGAAGCACAAUUAUACACAAACCAUUGAAAAGGAAGUUAUUGAUAAUGAUAUUCAAACUGAUCCCAUCGAAACAUGUGAUUUUUGUGUUCAAGCAUUUGAAAAUAAUGAGAACUACUUGGCCGAGCAAUAUAAACCAAAACCAUUAAAAAAGUACUACACUGGCGCCAAAGUAUCUAACAUUUCUUUUGUUUCACAAAAUUCUACCGUACGGUUGAUUGAAAGCACGUUUCAAAUGGUCGAAGCUGAAUUUGUUGUUCUUAAGGAAAAUAUCCAGAAUAUGGACAGUUUUUUAAUUGACCAAUCAAGUAAUCCUUUAGAAACACGUACAAUCAAAUCUAUCAACAACUUGUACACUUGGAGAAUACCAGAGGCCAAGAUUUUAUUGAAUAUUCAGAAUGAUGUCAAGUCGGAACACACACAAGAAACGAAUUCCCAAGUUCAGGCUUUGGAAGAAAAAGUAUCAAAUUACGUUGAAAAGAAUAUUGCAAAGAUGAGUGAUGAUCUCAUUAAUGCUAAAGAGCAAUACUUAUUUUUGACUCAUUUCAAUGAAUCUUCGAGUGAGUACUUCAAGGAUCUCAGCACGCACCAAUUUAGAAUGCAAAAAACAUUGCGUCAAAAGUUAUCUACUGUUUCCGCAAAAAUUAAUCAUAUUGAAGAGUUGUUGAACAUCUUGAAAUUGCUCUCCAUGAAAAACAAGAAGCUGGAUGAAAAUCCACUGGUGACGAAACUGGCUAAGGAAUCUCUUACACGUGGUGGAUUAUUGGAGGAAAUAAAAUCCUUGCGUGAAGAAGUGAAUAAAUUGCAACUGGAGGAAAAAAGUGCGGAAACUUUGUCAUUGGAGCCAUCGUCUUCAUUAGCUAAGAAUAUAAAAGCGUCUAAAGUUGUAGAAGUCGGAAUGGUCAUGAAUACGAAGAAGCAAAUCGGUGAUUUUUUCAAGAGUCUAAACCUGGCGAAAUAG